AGCAUCGACCAUAUUACAGGCUUCGACCACAGCCCCUUGGACCCUUCACUUCCAUCUUUGACUGUCAUUACCUUUUCCAUACACAUCUGCAUAGAAUAUAUCUCUACUUCCCCAAUAUGCGUUUCUCACCAGCAUCUUUCCUUGCUCUCGCAACAGCACCAACCUUUGCCCUCAAUAUCUGGCCCCGCGCCUCCAGUUGCCCUGCAGUCUGGACCAAAGUUGCCGCAGAACUCCAAGCAGACUUUGCCGGAUGCACCGCAGAUGCCCACCAAAGCAUCCGCUCCAGCUUUCAUGACUGCAUCAAUAAUGGCUGCGAUGGCAGCCUGGUUCUGACCGACGAAUGCGGUCGUGCAGAAAAUAUGGGCCUUUCGAAAAUCUGCACCAAGAUCCAGGGUUGGGCCACCAAAUAUGAUGUUGGUGUUGCCGACAUGCUUCAGUUCGCCGCUGCUCAAGGCAUUUCCGCCUGCCCUCUCGGACCAAAAGUACCAAUCCUCAUUGGGCGUAAAGACAGCAGCGUUGCGGCACCUCUGCACAGCGUACCAGGAAGCCGAGACCCUCUGGACUCUAUCCUAGCCGCAUUCAGUGCAAAGGGAUUUGACGGCAAGGAUGUCGUUGCAUUAAUGGGCACGCACAGUGUCGCCUUCCAGUUCUUCGACGACCCAUCACAGGCGGGAAAGACUCUGGACAGUACGCCUAACGUUUAUGACACCACAUUCUACAAGGAGACCAAGGAUGGAACAGCGCCGUACACGCUGCAAAGUGACAAGCUUCUCUCAAAUUCGAGCCAGACUGAGAAUGCUUGGAAUUCCUUCAUCGACAAUGGAAAUGCGUGGGCAACUGCUUUCGUUGACGCAUGGGCUCGCUUUGCUGUUAUUGGAAACGACCCCAGCCAAAUGGUAGAUUGCUCUAGCUUGGUUCCUGCAUCAAGGGCCAGCAAGAAGAGGCAGGCUGCUGUUGCCGCAUUCACCAAGAAGAUGAGUGCCAAGUGGCGGUUGUAAAGGGGUAGCCAGGGUGAGAUGCGGUGUUUUACGACAGGGAUUAUGUCUGCGUUUACGAUGUCAUGCCGGUUGAUCUUCGUAUUGGGCGUUACCUUUGUCCUUUUCUGGCAUUUUCGGCGUUGUUCCGGCGCGUCGGCAUUGGGGGAUCAGCGAGUGCGGAGAAAAUCCUCCUUUUCGUGUAAGAUUGUUCGCUUAGCUAGGAUUAAGUUGGUUGCCGUCUUUCC